AUGGCUGUACCCGAGUUCCAGCUGCCUUCCGGCGCUAAAUUACCCCAGCUCGCCUAUGGAACCGGCACACUCUGGAUUAAGGAGAAUGAGGCCGACAUUGAUCGCCCAACUGUCGAUGGCAUCAAACUCGCGAUCGAGCUUGGCUAUCGCCAUCUUGACGGCGCACAGUACUACAAGACAGAGGCAGAACUAGGCGUCGCGGUCAAGGAAUCCGGAGUACCCAGGUCCGAGUUCUUCAUCUCCACCAAGGCUAUCUCGCCCGUUGACGUGGAGGGGUCGCUGAGGACGAGUCUACAGAAGCUGGGAAUGGAUUAUGUCGACCUAUACUUGAUCCACGAGCCCUUCUCCGCAGGGGGUAACGAGCAAGUGCUCCAGGAUGCAUGGAGAGGCAUGGAGGGCUGCUUGGAGAAGGGGCUGGCGCGCAACAUUGGCGUCUCCAACUUUCUGAUCCCGCACCUGGAUGCGGUGCUCAAGAUUGCCAAGGUCAAACCCAUGGUGAACCAGGUGGAGUUACACCCGUACCUCCAGCGCACCCAGCUCGUCGAUUAUCUCAAAGCCCAGGAUAUUGCCAUAGAGGCGUACGCCCCGCUGGGCCCUCUGGUCAAGGCGCGCCCCGGGCCUAUCGAUGAUGUGACUGCUAGGCUGGCGGAGAAGUACGCAGUCAGUGAGAGUGUGAUCUUGCUGAGGUGGGUGAUCCAGCUGGGCAUUGUGGUCAUCACAACAAGUGGGAGGAAGGAAAGGUUGCAGGAGUACCUGAAACAGGUUCCGAGCUUCCAGUUGACGGAUGCGGAGGUCCAGGAGAUCAGUGCAGAAGGGAAGAAGAAGAAUUACAGAGCUUUCUUCGCCGACGCGUACGGAAAAGAUUGCUUUGAUUAG